AUGGCGGCCAACGAUCUCUCUCUGGAGACGCUCCUGGGCAUAGACAUUGUCGACGCCAUUCGCAUGUGCUUUGUCUUCGCUGCGUGUACGACUCUCGUAUUCCAUUCUCUUCCCGUUUUGAACAACCGCUUCGUCAACUAUGGUCCUCGAGCCUUGCCUCCUUCUCAGCAAAAAGACAAGCCCGCAACAGCCUCGUUCCUGGAUUAUUUGGCAACAUGGAGAGUGCCGCACCGAUACUUUGCCCAUUACUACAUCGUUUCCCUGAUCUCGUCGGCGUUUUGGGCAAGCCAGCUUCUGGCCAACGGCCCUGUUUUUCAGUUCUUUGUAUCAAAUACAAGCGAUGAGCACUUGCACAAGUCAAUGACUGUACAUCGGGUGUUACUAUGUUCAGUGUUGAUCGCUAUCCAGGGUGGCCGCAGGCUGUACGAGAGCAUGGUCUAUUCGAAACCGUCUUCGUCUACUAUGUGGGUGGUGCACUGGUUCGUCGGCCUGUUUUUCUACGUGGGAAUUACAGUGGCAGUAUGGGUUGAAGGCUCCGGUGCAAUUACAUCCAAAACGCUUACCCUCGACGACUUCCGAAUCAGCGUCGCCCCGUCUCUGAAAACGAUAUUCUUUUUCCCGCUGUUCUUGAUGGCUUCGGGCAUGCAGCACGAUUGUCACCAUUACCUAGCAUCGUUGAAGGAAUACACCGUCCCCGUUCAUCCCCUCUUCUUUAGAAUAGUAUCUCCACACUACACGGCAGAGUGUGUGAUCUAUCUUACACUCGCGAUCCUCGCGGCUCCAGAAGGGGAACUUGUGAACAAGACAGUCCUUUGUGGCCUGUUCUACGUUGUUGUCAACCUAGGUGUCACCGCGCGGAACAGCAGAUUGUGGUACCAGACAAAAUUCGGCGAGGACAGCGUGCGUGGGAAAUGGACAUUCCUGCCGGGGCUGUACUGA